CAUUGAUUACCGGAUAUUGAAAGCGAAACUCUCCAUUUUCAACUUGUAGGUCGUUGUGGGUGUUCAUUCUUGUCGGUUGCCUCUUGUGAUAAUCGAUCCUAGGGGCCAUAAUAUUUUAUCACUCGUCCAAACAACGUUUAUUCAGAACAGAAACUCACAAAAAAUCGAAGGCAUCAAGAAAAUGUUGACAUCAGCUUUGGCCUGUCAGUCAUUGCCACACUACUCUGAUUUUGAUACAACUUCAGAGAGUGGUCUUUCUGAUUUAUCAUACGUUCUUCCUUAUCGUCCGAAGAAAUCUUUAACCAGGAAUAAACCUGUGAAAGCUAGUCCUGGUGAAAUAAGGCUUGGAGCAAGGGCGAUGAGAAGAUACGAAAAUGAAGUUUAUUUAAAUACAUUAGCUGUAAUUACUGAAACCGAUGGAGAUAAUAUUGAUGAUUGUUGGCCUGAAAGUUUUAAUUAUUGUUCAACGUUUACUAAAUUACUAGAAGAUGAGAAUAUUCGAGCUGCUUGGGAUGCAUUUAUUCAGUUAUCUGAAAAAGAACAAGAGAAGCUUCUUGGUACACUUCGUGUAAAAAACAAAAUAAAUGAUGAUGAGAUGGCAGAUAGUGAUGAUUAUGAUAUUAAAGAUGAUAUAUCAUCAUAUUCUUCUGCUAUUUACAAUACCCCGUCUUCUUUAUCUCAUACAAAACGUCAUGUGAAACAUCGAUGUAGACGAUCUAAGCGUGAAGAGAGGAAGAAACGAUUUGAUGAUGUGAAUUCACUUCUACAAUCUAAUCUUAAUAUGUGUGUAUCUGUUCAAUCAGAAGAUAAUAACAAUGUAACCAAAGAUAAUUUGCAUGAUUUAGAAAUAGAACGGCGUAUUCCUACUCGUGUAUUAUCGCUUGUAUCAGACUCUAUUCCUACAAACACGAUGACGAUGAACAAUUUAAAACACAAUCGAAAACGUUGUAAACGUCCACUUACUCCGACUGAUAUUUGUUUAAUGCAACGAGUUGAAGUUGAGUUGAGACAGCAUUUUUUCUCUCAAAUUAAUUCAAAUAGUAUUGUUGGUCGUUGGACACCAUCAUUAUCAUUGUUGUCACAAUCAAUGUCACCUUCAAUGACUAACAACUGUACGAAUAAUAAUAAGAAUUAUUAUUCACAUCCAGAUCUAUUGUGCUUGGAUCCAUUUCAAAGAUUAUUGGUUCAUUCAGUUGCUAGCUAUUUAGGGUUGAAUUCAUAUAGUACAUGGUCUAAUUCACUGGGUGAACGUCAAUUAUGGGUGGAACAAAUUUUAGGUAAAUAUAGUCAACCACCAAAGCAACACUUUGUGACGUUAAUUGAACAAAAAAUCAAACAAUCAUCAAAAUCAUUGUCAUUGAGUACAUGAUAGUGAUCGCUGGUGUGUGUGUGUGUGUAAAAGAUAGUUUACUUCCCUACCAUUUUUAAUUGUUGCGCUGUUUUCCCCUUUUCAUCUAACUAUUCCGUUAUAAAUCACGUUUAUAAUAAUAAUAAUAAUAAUAAUAGUAAUAAUAGCAAUGAUAAUAAAUGUGGCUGUAUUUGUUUGGCUUUUCAAGAAAAAAAGUAGUGUUCU